AUGUGUGGACGGUUGGACGGAGCUGAUAGAGAUGGACGGAGUAAGUACAAGGUAAUGAAGCAGUUGGGGGACGGCACUUAUGGGACCGUCUGGAAGGCGCUUAACCUGCACACAAACGAAAUUGUGGCGGUGAAAAAGAUGAAGCGCAAGUUCUACUCGUGGGACGAGUGCAUGAGCCUGCGAGAGGUUAAGUCCCUACGCAAGCUGAACCACCCCAACAUCGUGCGGUUGAAGGAGGUGAUUCGGGAGAACAACGAGCUGUUCUUUAUAUUCGAGUUCAUGGAGUGCAACCUGUACCAUCUGAUGAAGGACAGGGAGACCUACUUCCAAGAGUCCACCAUUCGAAACUGGAUGUACCAGGUGCUGCUGGGCCUGGCGCACAUGCACAAGCACGGCUACUUCCACCGCGACCUCAAGCCAGAGAACCUGCUAGUGACCAAGGACCUGAUUAAAGUGGCGGAUUUCGGCCUGGCAAGGGAGAUCAAGUCGCGGCCUCCCUUCACAGACUAUGUCUCCACCCGAUGGUAUCGAGCACCGGAGGUGUUACUUCAGUCAACAGUUUACAAUGCCCCAAUAGACAUGUGGGCGAUAGGAGCAAUCAUGGCAGAGCUAUUCACACUCGAGCCGCUCUUUCCAGGAGCAAGUGAGAUAGACGAGAUUCUCAAGAUCUGCGCUGUGAUUGGCACGCCCACUCCCAGGACAUGGCCGCAGGGCCUCCGCCUCGCAGCUUCCAUGAACUUUCGCUUCCCUGAGUAUUCGCCCAUCCCGCUCUCUCAAAUCAUGCCCAUGGCAUCGGACGAGGCAGUCGACUUGGUCACUGCUCUCUGCUCCUGGGACCCUGCCAGGCGCCCCACCGCCGCACAGGCACUGCAACACCCCUUCUUCCUGAAGGGAGUGACCCUCCCUUACACACCCAAGAAGCCCAAAUCCUCCUCCUCCUCCUCCGCCACCACUGGUCCCGUCGUCCCCAUCACCACGCCGUCCCAACUCGCCGCCGCCUCCCACGCUGCUCUUACCGGCUCUCUCGGCAUGGCCCGCCAUUCAGCGUCUGCCUCUGUCAACUCAUCGAAUGCGAUCGGCUCCAUAUCCAGUCGAUCCGACAAGUCAGUCUCAGCCAGCCAAAGCAACUCUGCAGGAGCAGUGCUCUCUCGCUCAGGCUCUGUGGUCGAGUCUGCCUCUCCACCCGCUUCGCCUCACCAGCUCGCAGAUAUUGGCAGAAGAGGCACAUACCCAGCCGCUCACACUCAUACCCCCAACGGUGCCGCCGCCGCCGCUCCUGGUAGCGGCAGGCACGAGCUGCUGGGUCAACUUGAUAGAUACGAGUUGUUGAAGUACAGCGACUUUAAUAUUCAGGUCGAGGUUCGAGGGGCUCAGGCACUAGAAAAUGUUCCGCAUUGUUCGCUCUUCUGCGAUGCGUUCAACGAAAUUUCAGCAUUCGGCGACAGUGGAAGAGAUUCGUUAGGCGCUUUACUAAGCACAUCACUCCUGCCAGCCGAAUUACUCUGUCUUGGUGCCACCUCCUCUGCUGCAGAUUCCUUGGCUUCUGGUGGAGCAGGAGGUGUGAUAAGAGAUGGACGGCUGGUGAUGGAUGUGCCUUCAGAUGGACGGCUGGCAGCAGCCGUGGCGUCUGCAAGAGCAGCCGCAGAAAUGGAGAGAGCAGUGAAAGUAGCAGCAGAGCGAAUCGGAUACCCCAGUCCUGCUGCUGCUGCGAGUACCACUGCUUCCGGUGGUGCGUUGACCACUCCCUCGUUUGAGACGUCUAAACUCUGUGUGCCUGCCAUGCAGGUGCUACGGCUGGAGGAGGAGGUAGAGAGGGAGCUGGCGAGGCAGGAGAAGCUGGUGGAGCUGAUUGCUGUGGCAGGGGCUGACAUGCCCACACUGCCCGUGCAGGAGGAGCAGGACCGGGCAGAGAGGCAGCUGCAUAGAGAAGUGCACCACUGGGGGGACGAGGUGGCCCAAACACGCAAGCUGCUGCUGGAGCUGACCGUUGAAAGGGUGAACUUGGAGAGAGCACUGGAGCAGGUUCACUGGGCUGUUGGUUCUCCCGGUGCCGUGCGCGCCGUGCAUACUGCUCAGAUGCAACUGUUGCAGCUGACAGCGCAGAGGGAGGUUCUGAAGGAGCUCAUUCACAACGAGAAGAAGGAAAAUGAAAAGGUAGAGGAGUUUCUGGACCAGAUUCUGAGCGACCCUGCAGUAGAUACCACCUCCCCCGGUGCUAAUACGCAAGUGCAUCGGCUGAAGGACCUUAUAAAGGAUGUGACUGAUUUGAAGGGGGCGAGAGAGGGGGGGCGGCGGAGGAGAGGGGGGAGUGGGUCGUGGGAGGAGAUUGGGAAGAGGCUAGAGGCGGAAGGAGGGGGAGGGGGAGGGGGAGGGGACAGCAUGGGGAAUGUGGACUGGCAGGGGCGAACGGGGUUAGAAGAGGGGAGCGAGGGUCAUACAGUGGCGGGAGGAGGCAAGGGAGGAGGAGCGAGUGGAAGUACAGGGGGGAAGUCCCGUCUGAAAGUGCUUCAGAAACUGAAGAAAAAGGUGAGCAGCGCAGGAGUGGGGCCGUGGGGAGGGGAGGGGGGAGCUGGGGGCGCAGGGGGGGGCGGAGGGGGAGAGGAGGCGGGAGAUGGGGAGGAGAUGCAUGGGUAUCUCCCUGGUGGGGGGGUGGUGUCGCCAAGAGGGGGAGAGGGAGGGGGGGCAGCUUGGGGUGGGAAAACAGGCGCACAUCUUAGGACAGGCAGCGGUGUCAGGCAUACCCCAGGCAUACACGCUGCCUAUGCUCGGAACAAUUCCGAGCCUGGUGGUGUUGCUGCUGGGUUCGUUCGGACUAGUUCCGAACCUGGUGAUGAGGCUCGGGAUGGCUUGUUCAGUGACCGAGCCAGGUCCGGCCUGUCUGAUGGUUCGGAGAAUGUCUUUGGCUGGGGAAGGCAGGGAGGUUCAUUGAGUUUUAGAAUGGAGGAUGCAGAAGCGAGGGAUGGGGAGCAAGGAGGGCCGCCUUUUGCUGAAAGCAAUGAAAGCAAGGACGGUGCAACUGGCUUUGGUCCUGGUGCUUCUGAUUCAGCUGCUUCUGCUGGCUUUGGCUCGACUGGAUUCGCCUCCCAGGAACAGGAAGCCAGCUGCAGGGCGGAACAGCCUAAUGUGCUUGUAUUGGACGAUGACUAUACAGGGGGUGAAGGAGGCACGAGUCCCACUGAUGAAAACGCAGCAGAUCUUGCCGGAGAUUCUCAGUCUGCCGCUGCCCAUCGGAAGUUCCUGGCCGUUGGAUCCACUGGGAUUGCCACAGCAGGUGCUGCUGCAUCAGCAGCAGUUUCAGCUCCGUCGCGCUCGCAGCAACACCCCAAGCCUCCGCUGGGUUCGGCGCCAGGCUCGGGAGCAGCCUCGGCAGCGGCCGAACCUGCCAGCCGUGCACCGGCGUCCAGCGGCAAUGUGUUUGCGAAGAUCGACUCACCAGAGCAGUGGACGGCUGCUGACGUGGCAGGCUUGCGUUCGUCGUCAGGCAUUGAUUUGCCAAGCCUUUCCGGACCUGCUGCCGAACCUAUUUCCGGGCCCGAGCUGGAAAGCCCGAGGAGGACGAAGAGUGUAGGCUCGGUAAAGGAGAAGGUGGUGGGCUUAGCUUCGGAGUUGGAUGUGGGGUCUGCUUCGGGAUUGAUUGCCCCCAUUGGCAUGAAAACAACCUGUUUACGGGCAGAUGAAGGGGCAGAUCGGGCAGUUGAGGAAAACAACGAAGGCGUUGCAUCUGCUCCCCUUUCAACCGCACCUGUACCCCUUCAAUCUGCACCUGGUGUGCACGAGCCUGUUAUGCCUGGGGUUGGUGUUUCACCUGAGACAGCACUUGAAUCCAUAAACCACCUCCAAAAGACCAUCAAAAACACCUCCUCAUCCUCUCGCCUCUCCUCCCUCCCCGCCACAGACUCAGCCCCUCUCUCUCUCGAGCUAGACGACUACCGCUCCCGCCCGUGUGCGCUUUCAGAGGAGAUGCUAAAAUCCAUUGCUACAAUCUACCUGCACCAUGCGCACCCUGCUGUGUGGGGGCUGGGAGAGGGGCAGAAACGCGCUGCUGCUUUGCUGCUCGCGUCAGACCAGGCUCGGGCUGCGUCGGGUGCAGCCGGUGCCACGUCAGACGAGGCCCACGACGCGGGCUCUAAGUCCCGGAGGGGCCUAGCUCUAGCCUCUGCUACAGCCAAAGCGCCCCAGUGGCUGCGGUCGGCGUUUCCUGGAGGCAAGCAAGGGGGAGGAGGGGCAGCGGACGAGAGGGGGUGGGAGGGGACAGAAGAGGGGCUUGCACCGGGUGUGCCUGGGGCGGGUUUAUCUGGGGCGGGUUUACCUGGCGCUGCUGCAGCGGCAGAAGACACGGGACUGACAGGAGCAGCAGCAGCAGCUGCUGGUGCAAACAUUCCGGAGGCAUGGCUUGCGGGGGAUGGACCACCAGAGGGGGGCUUCGAGGCUAACCAGAGGAGGCCGGAGGGGUUUGUGGAUCCGUACGGCGUGUUGGAGGGGCAUCCCUCCCUCCCGGUGGUGGCAGCAUACAGCAGCGCCAUGGAGGUCACUGCCGUGCCUCCUCCGGAGUCUUUCACCAGUGCUGAUGUGUUCCUGCUCUGCAGAUACAGAAUGCUAGCAGAGCAGCUGGAUGAUGUGAGUCCGGCGCUGCUCUCAGAGGACGAGCGUCUGGCCUUUUGGCUCGACCUGUACAACGCGCUGCUGCUGCACACUUUCCUAGUGGAUGGAUACCCCACAGCACAUGCCAAGCGCAUUGCACUUCUAAAACAGGCCACAUACACCAUUCGGGGCACAGCAAUCAACGCAUUUGAAAUCGAGUUCUCCAUCCUCCGAGCGCAUUCUUUCCGCUCCUCUCUGGCCACGGCACUAAAGGUCCGCCCCUUCCCUCCCACCGACCGCCGCUCCUCCUGGGCCCUGCACUCCCCCCACCCCAACGUCUCCUUUGCCCUCUGCGUUGGCAACUUUUCUUCGCCCCUGCUGCGAGUCUACUCACCACGGACGGUGAGAGCAGAGCUGGAGGAUGCAAGGGAGGGCUUCCUUGAGCUGGCAGUAGGGCUCAGUCAGGACAACCGCCUUGUUCUCCCCAAAAUCCUUGACUGGUAUUGCGCUGACUUUGCUGAUUCCUUUCCAUCGUUGCUUGAGUGGGUGUUACACCAGCUCUCCCCUGCACCACGGUUGGCACUGGCAAAACGGAUUGCUCAAGCCAAUCCCACAUUAGCACAAUGUGUCGAGGUGGCGCCAUUCGAUUGGUCGGUUCGUCUGACGUCUAAGAGCGAGAUCCGAUACGAGGGUGUGCUGUACACCGUCGAUACGCAACAAGCCAACAUCGCCUUGCAAAACGUGCGCUCCUUCGGAACGGAGGGGCGAAAGAAGGACGGCCCGCAGAUUCCCCCCAGCGACAAGGUUUACGACUUCAUCAUCUUUCGCGGAACUGAUAUAAAGGACCUUCAAGUUAAGUCCUUGCCUCGUCAGCAACAGGCACCCCCUGCGCAACCCCCACCGCCAGCGCCGCCCCAGGUCUCCCCCCCGCCCCAACCGCAGCAGCCUCCGCCGCCCCAAUACCAGCAACCCCCCCCUUACCCGGGACCUCCCCCCCCAAGCGCCUAUGGCCCAGGAGCGCGCCCCCUGCGCCUGGUCCCGCGCCAGGCGCAGGUCCUUCCGCCCCACCCGCGCCUGCUUCCGCCUCUGAAGCGCCUGGCCCCGCGCAGGCGCAGGGUGCUGCACCCUCCCCUCCUGGUGCCGUAG